UUCAGAAUAAUGUAAACAUAGACAAAGUGUGCUGUUUGACUUUCUUGCCACUAAUCAGCUAAGUAAAUCAAAGAUUCUUGCUUGCUUAGCAAGAGGCUAAGCUGCGGUUCCUUGAAGAGUGACUCACUGUUUGCCCUGGAAGCAAUCAUUGCGUCAUGGGGAACAUUCUGACAUGUGAAAUGCAAUUGCAACUGUCUAUUGUUGCAUAAUUUAAUCGCAGAUACUAAUUAGAUUCGAACGUUGCGGAGAACGUCCAACUAAAGUAAUCGUGACUGCGAAAGAUAGUGUGUACUUACACGCAGGGAACAGUCGUCAUGCGAACUCUAGAGGACAAAACUGAGAAAAGUUGCGAAAGAACAACUGGCCGGGGUGCAACAUCUCGCAAUCCACCAGUUCUCUCUUAUUCUUCCAUCUGAAAGCUGGUCUGAUCCGCCCACACACCACAUAGUAGGUCGCCGCUUGUUUGCAAAGCUAAUGGUUUUCAACUUAGCUAAAAAUCGGUUCUAUCACUUUAAAAAUAUCUCGUCGCUGUUCCCAAAAUUUCAAGCAACAGAGGAGUCACUCAUUCUCGAGACUAUCUUAAGGAAUUUCGUAGAUUUUUUUCCCACUUUUGCAAUCAUAAUUCUAUCGUUUUAUUUAUCAGUGAUUCAACCUAUGCAAAGUGAAAAGCUUCGAGCAAAGUAAAAUGAAAUCGGAAGUGAUAAAAUGAAACGAGUAACAUAAAACAAGUGCAAAGUAUCUAAUAGAAUGGAAUAUCUAAAAGAAACGUGAUUCGUAUUUAUAUUGUAGGAUACAUCUGAGAAAUUGUGUGCAUUACUUAAAGGUGCGUGAUGUGAUAUUAUAUCUUAAAUAUAAUAAAUAAAAGUAAAUAAAAUUUAAUCGCUGUGUGAAACAACUAAAAUAUUAGUAUUUGUAUUUGUGGCUCGAAUAUUACAAAGCUGUGAUUUUAUUUAGGUGCUUUAACAUUAGAUAACGUAGUUAUUUAUAAAAAUUUCUUAAUGAAAAGCGGUUAACAGUAGGCAAGAAGUAGCGCAUUCAAAAUGACGGUUACAUACACAGCAGAAGUAGCAACUUGCCGAGGAUUUGGAUGUUUUCUCAAACUUUUAUUAAGGUGGCGUGGAAGCAUUUACAAACUAGUAUGGUUGGACUUAUCAGCAUUUCUCCUAUGCUAUUACAUUCUUAAUAUAGUUUAUAGAAUUGUAUUAACUCCAGAACAAAAGAGAUUAUUCGAAAGUGUUGUCCAAUAUUGUGCUGCCUACAGUAAUCUGAUUCCACUUUCAUUCGUGUUAGGUUUCUACGUUUCAAUAGUGAUGACACGAUGGUGGAAUCAAUAUACAAGCAUUCCAUGGCCAGACUCUAUAGCCGUAUUUGUUAGCGCUAAUGUUCACGGUCAGGAUGAACGCGGUCGAGUGAUGCGUCGUACAAUAAUGCGAUAUGUGUGCCUUUGCAUAACAAUGGUUCUAACUAACAUUUCACCCCGUGUGAAGAAACGGUUCCCUACUUUAGGUCAUCUUGUAGAAGCUGGUCUUCUAGUUGAAAACGAAAAAAAUAUUAUAGACGUCCUGAAUGCAAACUUUCCAAGACAUUCAAAACAUUGGCUUCCAAUCGUUUGGGCUGCGAGUAUAGUGACGAGAGCUCGAAAGGAAGGACGAAUUCGUGAUGAUUUUGCGGUGAAAACAGUAAUUGAUGAGUUGAAUAAGUUCCGAGGACAGUGUGGUUUGCUGAUAUCUUUUGAUACCAUAAGUGUACCUCUGGUAUAUACGCAAGUGGUGACUCUGGCGGUGUACUCGUAUUUCUUAACGUCGAUCAUGGGACAACAGUGGACUGACAAUAAGGAAGUUGCACCAGGAUUGCUGAACAUUAUUGACCUGUACUUCCCUUUGUUCACAACUUUGCAGUUCUUUUUCUAUAUGGGAUGGCUCAAAGUGGCUGAAUCACUUAUAAAUCCCUUUGGUGAGGACGAUGACGAUUUUGAGGUCAGUUGGAUGGUGGAUCGAAAUCUACAAGUUUCCUACAUGAUAGUCGACGAGAUGCAUCACGAGCAUCCCGAACUCAUCAAGGAUCAGUACUGGGAUGAAAUCUUCCCGAACGAAUUGCCUUACACCAUCGGAUCAGAACGAUUCCGGGAAGUACCUCCUCAACCAUCAACGGCCAAAAUUGAAGUACCAGCCAAGGCAGCCAUGACGUCAAAUCUGUCAAGUGUUAAAGUUGAUGACAUGGUCGGUAAAACUGGGCAAAACUUAGUUACUACUAAUUAUAAGUUUCCAGAAAUUGGAGAAGAGGUGAUGGGUCAAGUUGAUCAAAAUGUUGCCACAGAUAAUAAUACAUCAAAUGUGAAGACCACUCCUGCUUCCACAAAGCAGGAAUUGUUGUCUGGCGCCGGAAAAGACACUGAUAAAGCUACUGAACCUUCGAUAAAUCCUAAAACUCGUACAGUUGACGAAAAGCAAGAAAAGGCAACUUAUUUAGUACCUCCAAAGAAAGCAGACGAUAAUGCGAGUGGCAUACACUUCACGGUGGGUAGUCAUAAGGCUGACAGGCACAUAUCGGGAGCUUCCACCCCAAGCAUGGCCAGCGUGUCGGGAACUAUGUCAAGGGUGAAUACUGUAGCGUCUGCUUUGAAGCGCCUUCUCAGUAGGGAUGACGGCAAUAAAGGUGUUUCCACACCUGAUGUCACUUUUAACACUCGUCUUCCAGGCUCAGCUAGCACUAAUAGUCUUGCACCAACGUCAAAGGCUCCCGCGGCCCAAGGAAGCAUGCGAAUCACAGACCAAGUUAUCGAAGAAGUCGACGAACAAAUGACAAUAACUUCACGUGCAGGCGAGAAUAUAAAUCGGCCAACAGUGUAUGAUAUUUUCGAUCACACAGGACCAAUUGCAACUUCUGCUCCAGUUGAUGUACCAAAGAGUGGCAGACCUGCUUACAUUCGAACCCAAUCUGCAGCCGAUGAUAUCAAUAGGCAACCUUUCAUAUUCCCUGCGGGUGUUGUGGACAAGCUCAGUUCUUCAGCUCCAACAAAGGAUCAGGGCCAUAUGCCUCCAGCUGAGGAAAAGGCACCGACCUUAUUGGAUAAGGAUGGUCAAAAGCCAGCAAGUGUUGAGUCAGUUCACAUAUUCCCAAUGGAGGACGUAGACAACAAACAACCGAAAACAGAACCCCCACCCGAAGAAGCUGCAGAUGAUUUCGAAAAGCUCCGACAAGCUCGAGAAAAGGAGCGUAUUGAACGACAAAAGCAAAAGAUUGCCAGAUCCAUCAGUACUCAACCGCCACUAGCAAAUGUUGAAGGAGCUGCUGCGCCGCCUGCUGAUCAGCAAGGACAGGCGCCGUCUCAACAACCUGACCCAACUGCUGCUGGAGGCGCAGGUGAUAGAAGCUCCGUCAUUGGUUACGCAUCAAAUCGCAGUUCAUAUAAUGACCCGAACUUAUAACAGGAGCCAAUAGUAGUCCAGUUUUUCCUACCAAGUGAAUGAAAUAUAAAAACAAACUCAAUGAACUCCGCACAAAUUUAAAGACUAGAGUCCAGUCCUGCCGAUUGAUCCUGUCACCUGUUCGAUGGGAAUGCCGAGGGGAGUAUCAUAACCAAGAACUUCUUCUUCGAUAUUAUCCUGAAAAGGAAAGCCUUUAUCUCAUUGAUGGCUAAGCGAAGGGCAUCAUCAAAAGUAUUCAUCGCGAUUACCUAUAUCUACUUUAAGUUGAAGAUAUCGUAAGACAAGACGUUUGUAUAGUUAGUAUCUUACUACCUUUUGGAAGCAACUCAAUCAAUCUACUUAACUUAUUGAAGAUGGAAAUAAGGAGCUAUUGUUAGUGAUUUUAUACAACUUCGAAUCUGAGCUGCUCGUUGUGGCAAUGUAACACAAGUAUUUUUUUAUAUUGUUUUUCGAAAAUAAGCUAUUUUGUAAAUAAAAGCAAAAUAAAGAUAUUUAUCUACGCUUCA